AUGCCCAACGCACAGCAGACACAGAUACUCAUGGCUCCUUUAAAGCUAUACAAAGAAAUACUUCGUACACAUCGAUGCCUUCCACCUGCCAUGCGAGCAUUAGGCGAUGAUUAUGUCAAGGCUGAAUUCAAACGACACAAGGAUAUUGACAAUCCUGCACAUAUCGUUGGUUUCGUUUCUCAAUGGCAACAAUACUUGGAUACCAUAAAGGAACAAACCGCACCACUUUCAGCAGAUUCACCGGCACCUUCAAAUGAUUCCCUGGUCCGUAGCUUUAACACACCUACUAAGGGUUGGGGAAAGAAAAUAGAUCCUGGAUUAUUGGAUAAAAUGAGUGACGAGCAAUUGGGACAGCUAUAUGAGUUACGAACAGAAGUAAAGAAAUCACUAGGCGAAAAAGUUGAAUCAUGA